CUGCCUGCCGUACAAUUUCCAAAGCGUUGGUCGUCGUUCGUUUACGUUGCAAUUUAAUAAUAUUUGUGCUGACAAAUAUGGAAAUAAUUGGAAAAAUUACUAGCAAAAUAUAAAAAGAAGGCUAGUUGUGAAAUAAUUUAAAGCAAGUAGUGAUUUUAAGUGACAUUUGAUGUGAAGAACGAGCAUAGUGUCAAAGACGACGAAAGUAAAACAACUGAAAAUAUUAUUAGCUGUACCCCAUCAUUCGUCGUUGUAGUCGUAUCGUUUGUCCGCCUAUAUGUACCUUUUUUCCUGUUUGUUAAAUUCGGAAAAUUCAGUUCAUGACAACGUUGGAGUGCACAUUUGAACUAUAGUUUUUCUUCUAAAUUAUCAAAAAUCAUAUUUUAUGAUUUUCCCAGAUGUGAAAAAUGCGUUGUGGAAAAAAAUUGAAUAAGACGACGACGGACAUAAAGAAAACUCGAUCCUGUGUAGUUCGUUUAGAGAAGUUAUCUCACGAAUCUUUCUCCCCAAACACAUCGCCAACAAACACUUCCAGAAGAUCUCUUAAUUCAUUGACAAAGCAACAAUCUAGAAACAACAAACGUGAUUCCCAAACAACUGAAACCCCUGGCAUGGGAGCAACUCCCAAACAAUUGACAGCAGGAGCAGCAGCGGCACAAUCAAGAGAGGGUAAAACAAUUAAAGGAGGUCCCAUUAAGAAAAGAAUAACAAGCAAUAUUCUACAAACUACCCCACAACAAAAACAAUCAGCAAAUAUGUCGACGAUACGCUCAAGUCAAAAAAUCAAAUCGGUACCGAAAGCUGUCAAUAGAAGUAACACCAGAGUAGCAACGCCAGCUUCCAAAGCGGCAACGCCAGCCAGAGAUGAAACUCCAACCCCUACUAUUGCCGCCGGACGAUCACGUCGGGCCAUAAAACCUAAUCCAAAAUAUGCUAGUGAAGAUAUGGUAACACCCAAAAUGGUACGCAAUGUGGGGGUCACACAUGCUUCUUCGGCCAAAUCUCAAGCUACAGCCGAUUCCAAGAGACGUAAAAAUUCCACUUCUUCAGAUGAUUUUUACAAUCGAAAUUCAGAGGAUGAAUAUGAAGAAGAUGGUGCUCAUAAUUUACACGAUGAUGUGAAGGGCGACAAAGCAUACAAAGUCGACGAAAAGGAAGAGUCUCUGGAGUCGGAUAUCUCCGAGCUAGAGGAGGAGGUAUCAAAGCGUUCUGCCAAAACAAGGGGAAGGCCCCGUAGGUCAGAUAUUCAAACAGGGCCACAACAAAGUAAUGCUACGAACAAAUCCAGCAAUCAACAGCAAACACCCGGUGGCAAUAUCAGAAGGUUGAUUCAAACGCCCGGUUCCACGGUGAGAACUGCUCCGACGCAACUGCAACAAUUACGUCGUUCCCUACAAUCGGCAAAUGCUCAACGUAAUCAGAAUCUACUGGCCGGCAGUGGUAGUGGCGCUCAGAAGCGUAAACUGGCGGCAGUAACAGAUCCUAACGAUAGUGAUAGCGAUGAUGGAGGAACAUAUACCGUAGCUCGCAAGCAAAUGCUGGUUACCACCUCAUCAGGGCUUAAAUUACGAAUGCCGGUCAAAGAAAAUUCAUCAGCCUCCAAUACACAAGCUGCAAGUAAACCUAGGAUUGUGACUGGUCAAAAAAUUGUUGGCAACAGUGAAUCACGUUUGUCACUAAACGGUGGAAACCGCUCCCUACACACACAGCUAAUUGAUAGAAAGCGAAUAAUAGAAUCCAAUAAAAUAUCCAACGAUGCGGGAAACAGCAGGACGAAUAUGAAAAUUGUAACCAACAAACAAAAUCAACAGACUGCAUCAGGAGUGGGAAACAAACCCAGAUCUGUUACAAAUGCACAAACAGUCAGUGUCCAUCAAAAAAAUAUACUUGGUUCGGGGGUUACUAAUAUAACCAGAGUGCCACGUACCAGUUCUCCAAAACCAUUCUCGAGAAAGGAAGCUGCUGCCAACAGCAGUACAACAAAAAAUAACAAUUCAGCAACACACGGCUCAUCAUCUUCCUCUGGUCCAGGAUCUUCGCAGUCGCAACAAAGAAAAUUAGCUGGUGGUCCUGGAACAAAACCAAUUGAUAAGCUCAAAUCUGCAUUGGCAUCAUCAGUGACCACUGCAUCUCCUGCUUCAUUAUCACAUACAAAGGCAUCGCAAAGCAACAAGACCACGACAUCGCCCAUAGCCCAAGCACAAUCUAGUGGUAAUGCAGCAGCAACAUCCGCCUCAGUGUCAACACCCACAGAUGAAGAUAAUAAUGAAAUGGCAGCAAAUGAUGACUCUCCAAACUCGACCAUGGACGAUUUUGAGACGAUGCCCACAUUUACCAUAGUCAAUGUUAAUGAUAUCAUCAACAAAAAAGGAGAUGUCUUGAUAACGAAAGCCAACAAAAAUAGCGCAUCGAAACCAGCGGUUUUAGAAUUAACAGAAAGUAUUAGCCUGGUUGAUGACGAAGAUGAUGUUGGUGAUGGUGAUGGCGACGACGAGGAUGAAGAUAAUGAUGCAGUAAAUAAAAGUAUUCGAGGGAAUAACAACAGAAGGCAAACAUCUCUGAAAGUUCCGGGAAAACUUAAAAAACCAUCGCCAGCACAAAACAACAAAGCUUCUGGAGAACAAAGAAAGAGGUUGCCUUUGGCGCGCAGUACUGGAAACGAUGAUGAUACCCCGUUAACGGUGAACAAACAAAUAAGGACAGUUGCCAAGCCGUCGCCGCCCGCUCCCAGGACUCACACAAAUGCCAAACCACAAAUACUUAAUCAUAGAUUAGGUAUGAGAAAUAAUGCUCGCGUUACAGCAAAGAUGAGUAGCACAACCACAUCUUCCAAUCCAGAUAAGCCUGCACCACGUAUCCUGAACUCAGUUGUGGCCAAAAAGACUCAACCCGUGAAACCAAUGAUAACUAAUCUGGAUGAUUCGGCAGAAGAAAGUUUCCCUCUCUCGUUGGAUGAAGAAGAAACCGAAGAUGAAGCUGAAAGCCAACAGAAUGCCCCUGACAAUGAUAGCGCUAAUUAUCCUCUAAUGGAUAUAGAUGACAACGAAGAUACCGAAUCGCAAAACUCAGAUCGUGAGGAGGAGCCUGUAACAACAACAAAAGCUUUAACGCCUAGAGACCAACAACUGAAUGCUGCUUCAAGAAAUACCACCACAAAAAAAUCACCCUCACCAGCCCAGAGAAAAAAGCGCCUGCCACAGAAUACUCAAACAUCGCCGGUUGCGGUGACCAGUAACAAGAAACGGAUAUUGACACCAAUUGCAGCGAAAGAAAAUUCAUUGGCUGCCACCAAUCAACAGGUUGGUGACACUAAAGCUCCUUCUUCCCUCGUUACACCUCAGACGCGUAAACAACCCCCCGAGAAAGUGGUCAUAUCGAAGCAGGGUGAUAAAAUCAUUAAAAAGAUAACCUGUUUCGAGACAUGGUAUGUUAUAAACAUGCCCAUAGAGCCAAAACGACCAACGCUCAUCAAAAAUCAAUUGGACAUGCCGCUCAUCAACUUGGCCAACAAUGCCAAAAGUAUACAGCUGCCAAAUGAUUUGUGGAAUUGCAAGGUAACAUUAUAUGAGCUCUCCGCCACAACAUUGGCCAAGGGUACGUUUGUCACGUACAUGGGUGAUCUCGAGGAGUACAAUAUCGGCGAGGAGGAUCGUGGCAAAUAUCAACCAUCGUGUGUUAUGUUCCGAAGGGCAAUUGAAAAUCGUCAGUUGUCGCGAAUGCCUUAUGAUCGUGCUGUUAUUUUCAAAAACAAAACCUUCUCCACAAAUAUCGAGGGGAAGAACAUACGAUUGGUUGGGGCGCCCAGCAUUAUAAAUAGCGAGCGGGAUAUUGAGAUUCUUUUGGAAAUUGUCGACACUUUAACAUUACAAAGUGAUUUUGUGGAAUAUGCUACAAUUCUGCAGUAAAGUCUUUGUCUUGGUUUCUAACAAAAAAUACAUACGUAUACACUUAUAUCAAUGGAAAUGCAAAAGUGUAUAGGCAGACCUGGCUAAACAAAAAUAAAACCCUAGUCCUGAUUAUGUUUUGGGAAAACAUAAUCUCUUUUGCUUAGGAUUUGGAAAGUAUUAUAUGGUGGGAACAUAUAAUUUACUUAAUAUGAUUUGGAUUUUAUGAAUAUUAGCCUGGCAAAUUGCUUGUGUGUAUAUUGUCUUGAGAUUUAAGUAUUGAUGGUGUUGACUCGACGUUUCAUUCACAGAAAUAUUCUUUAUAUAGGUACACAUAUUUAUUAAAAAAAAAAAAAAAAACAAACACACAUCAUUUGGUCAAAAUCCGAUUUUGUUAAAACUGUUUUGCAGAAAAAAUACAACAGAGGACGUUUUUACUUUUAGACCUUUAGCAAUAAGUUUAACAUUAAAAUUAGGCUGUAGUCUUAAAAUAAUACACUUAAAGAACACACACACAAAAAAAGAGGAAUAUGUAAUUGAAUUACGUAAAUAUAAGAACUGUAAAUUCUCUUAAACAACAACACAAUCUUUGAAUAAUCUGUUAAAGUAUGUUGACUUUGUACUAUUGUAAUAAUUAGUAAUAGAUAUUAACAGCAACUGUAAAAAAAAAUCAUAAAGCUUACAUUUUUUGCAAUGUAAAUCAACACUUCUUUUCCUGAGCCCUCUCAUGGUCAUCAUACAUUAUUCUUUUUGUAACAACAUGAAUCAUUUCAUUUUGAAUGCACACAAAAUUAAAUUUAAUAGCAACUACCUUAAAAUCAGAAACAGAAUUUUCUGUUCGUAUAAUCACUACAAACUUAGUUUUUAGACUUACGCAAUAAUUUAAGAAUUUUAGUUUACAUAUUUGUGUAAAUUAUUACAGAAAGAAAGAAAGAAAAAAUUGUUGAAAAUUAUUUUUAUCAAUUCUCAUUUAUUUUCACUUGCAAUCGUUUUAUUGACAUCAGUUCUUUUAUUUUUUAGUUAAUAUAUAUUAAAAAUAAUUUGCGUUUAGUAAUAUAUACUGCUAUAUUAAAAAAAAAACUAAACUAAGAGAAUAUAGAUUUUUAAUCAUCUGAAA